GGGCGGAGCAUGCGCAGUGAGGAGGAGGAGAAAACGGCAAGGAUGCUGGAUAACCUGCGUCAAGAUAACCAAGUUUUAUGAAGACAAAAACGGAAGUAAUGGAAGUUAGGUUCGGAUACACAAGCCGGAAAAUAAUAUGAAGUCUUUAUUUAAUGUUACAGCGUCGAAGUUUUUAAAGUGAAGCCUUAAAAAUAGCCUAAUUCGUCCGUUGUGCGACCUACAUGACGUAUUUCCCUUUUUUUUUAGAUGACGCUGAUUUAAAGUGUAGUAGUGUCGACGGUUAGUACGUUGGUAUGAAGCAGUCAUACGCCAUGGAUGCUAAUUAGAGUGUACUUGUGAUUUAAUGUCGGCUAAUAGGGUGUUUUAUUUUUGAAAUACACCGGAAACCGUCUUCAGUGACUGUGAGUAAUAGUAAGACAGAGACCCCCUCACGGAAAACUGUGGUAACUGUGGUGUACAGCUGCAGAGAUGCGCGACACAGAAAAACAAGGAGGACGGAGGGAAAUGGAGAGACAGCACCGGGAAGGGAAGUAACCUGUCAACAAUCCGCCGUCUGAGAUGCUUCGAGACACCCAGGAACACCGUGUUCGCUCCGCACUUUGGACAUAAACCCCCUCGAAGACGUCUCGGAUCGUGAAUUGAUCCGAACACAAGGGGGGAACGGGAGGGGUCGAUCAUGGGGAACGAAGCGAGCCUGGAAGGAGGCGAAGGGCCGCCGUCUGGGCUGCCGGAGGGGCUGGCACCGGAUGGGAAGGGGGGCUUCGUGCGGGUCUCCGACGGGACUCCAGUCAACCUGGAUGAGCUCAGCGAGGAGCAGAGGAAGCAGCUCGCAGCAGCGAUGUCAAGGGCGCAAGGCAGGCAGCCUGGAGGCGCAGCAGCUGCACGAAGACCAUCAGAAUCUGAUGCUCAGCGGAGUCCCAAGCAGGUAGGGGCCUCCAGGGGCCCAGCAGGUCUCAGUAAGAGUCGGACUGUAGACGCCUUCAACCAGGGUCCACCAGGCAGGCCCACACCGGGCCGCAGCCCCUCCUCCCUCAGCCUUUUUGAAUCCAGAUUCCGGCAAGAGCCUAAAGACCCAGAGACCAAGUCCGGUAUGUUUGGCUCAAGCUUCCUCAGUGGGGCUAACCCCCUCAGCGCUGUGUCCUCCAUGACCUCCUCUAUGUCCUCCUCCAUUUCCUCAAUGGGGGACACUGUCAACAUACCCAAGUUUGGACUCUUUGGGGACGAGGAGGAGGAAGGAGCACCAGCAGCACCUGAUUCUAAACAGGGGGGUAAGCCACCGGGAAAGGGCCCUCAGCAAGGGCCAGGACCAAAAGGACCACAACAAGGGCCGCCUCAGAGACAGGGUCAGGGUCCUCCUGGACAAGGGCCAAAGCCAGGGCAGGGACCGCCUGGGCAGGGACCACCUGGGCAGGGACCCAGGCAAGGUCAGGGUCCUCCUGGCCAAGGGCCCCCAGGACAGGGUCCAAAACAAGGCCAGGGACCACCAGGCCAAGGUCCGCCUGGGCAAGGACCGCCUGGGCAGGGACCCAGGCAAGGUCAGGGUCCUCCUGGCCAGGGGCCCCCAGGACAGGGUCCAAGGCAAGGCCAGGGACCACCAGGCCAAGGUCCCCCUGGGCAAGGACCUCCUGGGCAAGGACCUCCUGGGCAGGGACCCAGGCAAGGUCAGGGUCCACCAGGCCAAGGACCCAAAGGGCAACAGGGUCCCAAACCAGGUCAAGGGCCCCCAGGCCAAGGACCCCCAGGUCAACAGGGCCCCAAACCAGGCCAAGGGCCUCCAGGCCAGGGACCCCCAGGGCAACAGGGUCCCAAACCAGGUCAAGGGCCACCAGGCCAAGGACCCCCAGGGCAACAGGGCCCAAAACCAGGUCAAGGACCACCAGUUCAAGGCCCAAAACAGGGUGGACCUCCCCAGCAAAAAGGUGGACCCCCCCAACAAGGGGGACCAAAACAACAGGGGCCACCAGGGGCUCAUCCUGGAGAGCCAGCAAAGAGUGGAGGGCCUCCUGGUCAGCAGGGGCCUGGAAAGCCUGGAGGCUGUUUAUGUCCGCUGUGUAAGACCACCCAGCUGAACAUUGGGUCCAAGGAUCCGCCUAAUUACAACAACUGUACGGAGUGUAAGAACCAGGUCUGCAGCCUCUGCGGGUUCAGCCCCCCAGACUCAGCGGGUAAAGAGUGGCUGUGUCUGAACUGCCAGAUGCAGCGAGCGAUGGGAGGUAUGGAUCCCCCCGGCAUGACUAAACCCAAACAAGGCUCAGCACCACCCUCCCCCCAGAGACAGGCGCCCGGGAAGCCUGGCAAGUUGCUGAUAAAGCAGCAGAGCACCAGCGACCAAGGGUUGACACCGCCAACCACGCCAAGGCAGAAAUCGCCAGGUUCUACCUCUCCUGGACCCUCAUCCCCAGGUUCCUCGAUGGGAGGAUCCCCGAAAAUUGACCCAAAGACCGGCCGACCAAUACAGCAGAAGUCCACUCCCCAGCAGUCUCCGGCUAAAGCCAAACAGGAGUCCAGCUUCUUUGGGGGGUUAGGAGGUAUCAGUCUUGGAGGUUUAACGGAUGUGGCCAAACCUCCUGCGGCCGCAACCCAAGCUGCCGGAGGGUUCUUUGGUGGGUUUGGCGGUUUGAUGGAAUCAUCGAAACCUCAAGCGCAGGCGGCGUCAAAACAGGAGGAGUCAGUUGCUGGGAAGCUGUUUGGAGGUUUUGGGGGGUUGACGGAAGCUGCGAAACCUCCUGCAGCUGCUUCUCAAAUGUUCAGCUUUGGAUCAUCGCUCUUGUCUUCAGCCACUAACAUCGUCACCGGAGAGGAGGAUAAGGCAGCGGAUUCUGGACCCGGCUCCCCUCCAGAUUCUGACCCUGGAUCACCACCUGACUCGCCCUUCUCUGCUCCUGGGUCUCCUCCUGAUUCGGACUCUGCUCCUGACACCCCACCGGCUAAGUCGAAAAAACCUCCCAGAACGCUGUCAGUGGAGAAGGGGGACAAAGAGCCAGCAGCCAAAUCUGAACCUGCACCUGCACCUGCACCUGCACCAGCUCCAACCACCAAGGAAAAUUGCCCUCUCUGUAACGUGGCUCUGAACGUUGGUUCUGCAGACACGCCCAACUUCAGCCUUUGCACCGAGUGCAAGAAGACAGUCUGCAACCAGUGUGGAUUUAACCCAACUCCCCAUUUAGGAGAGAAAGAAUGGCUUUGCCUCAACUGCCAGACCAACAGAGCCAUGUCGGAUCAGCUGGGACAGAUGCCACCACCAGCUAUGGCAUCCCCAAAGAAGCAGACACCUGCUCCCUCCCCAACCUCUGCCCCUGCUGCUGUAGAUAGCAAACCUGUAGUAGAAGCAGCUGACCCAGCCCCACCUGCUCCUGAGACCAAGGUAGAGCCUGCAACCGCCCCCACACCUGAUAGUGCGCUUUCACCAGAUUAUGCUGCCCCUCCUCCGGAAACACCCCCUCAGGAAACACCACAGUCAGACGAACAAACACAGCCAGCAGCAGCUGAAGCAGAGUCAGAGCCUGUUAUUCAUCCUGAACAAGCUCCGAUUUCAGAAAGUGUAGCUGAGGGUGUCCCUGCAGUUGAGCAACAACAGAACAGCUCUGAGAAAAUAGGAGAGGAUGGUCCUCCACCUGAGACAGAUCAAUUUGAUGCUGAUCAACAAACACAAAGUGAAAUCCCAGCAGACGAGCAACAGCAAAGUAACUCUGAGAAAGGGGCAGAGGAUCAUCCUCUCCCUGAGACAGAGCAAUCUAAUGUCAAGCAACAAGCACAGAAUUCACCUGUCACUGAAAUCCCAGCAGAUCAAGAGCAGCAGAGCAGUUCUGAGAAUGUGACACAGGACCUUUCUCUCCCUGUGAAUACUGAGAAAGAAAAUCUACCAACUAAUACAGGUUUAGACGAGACAGCAGCCCCUGCUGAGGUAGGCUUGGAGCCAAAUCUACAAAUUUCCCAAAGUGAGGCUGCAGCUCCCCAAACAGAUAAUGAGAAAGUGGAGCCAGCUCCAGAAAAGCCUCCAGAAGUGACAACAAAUUCAAUUGAGCAAGAGCCUACUAAGAGCCCAGAAUCAUUAUCACAGGAGGUCCCUGUUGCACCUGAUCAAAAGACAGAUGCAGAUGUAAAGGAGGAAAAAAUAACAGAGGUAGAACUUGGUGAGCAAAGUGAGCCACCCCAGAUAGAUGAACCUCAAGCUACACCAGCAGAUCAGACUCAAAUAUCAAAUACAGAGGAUAAAGCUCUGAAUGAGGAGCAAACAAAUAGUACAAAACCAAAUAGUGUAGAACCUGAUGUCAAGGAUGAAGUUACAGAAGAGGUAAAGGUAGAACAAGGACCAAAAACAGAGGAGCAAGGAGGCAUUCCUCCUCCUCCUUCUUCAGAGGAGGUUGCAGAAAAUGUUCCUCCUGUAGUUCCUGCUGACAACACAGAGGUCCCUAAACCUGACGAUAAGAAACAAGAAUUGAAACCAGACCAGGAAAAAUGUGUUGAAUCUGUAAAUUUCUCAGAAGCAUCAGAGAACAAACUUCCUGUCUUGGCCUCAGAGGAGAAAAGUCAGGUUAAUAAAGUCGAGGAAAAAGAGGCAGAGUCUACUCCUCUAGAAGAGAAAAGUCAGGGUAAUAAAGUCGAGGAAAAAGAGGCAGCGUCUACUCCAGAGGAGAAAAGUCAGAUGGAUGCAGUUGAAGUAAAAGAGGCAGAACCUACUCCUUCAGAAGAUAGAAGUCAGGUUAAUAAGGUAGAGGAAAAAGAGGCGGAGUCUACUCCUCUUGAAGAGAAAAGUCAGGGUAAUAAAGUCAAGGAAAAAGAGGUGGAGUCUACUCCUUCAGAGGAGAAAAGUCAGAUGGAUGCAGUUGAAGUAAAAGAGGCAGAACCUACUCCUUCAGAUGAUAGAAGUCAGGUUUAUAAAGUUCAGGAAAAAGAGGCAGGGCCAACUCCUCAUGACCAAUCUGAUAAGUCCCUUCCUCCUGCUCCUGUUGAAGAGGAAACUAAAGAGAAAAGUGUUGUUGUGAAUAAAGUAACUGAAGAAGUUAUUCUUGAAGGGCAAAAGGUUAAGCAGGAAGUACCUGAGAGAGUUGAAGGGGAAAAAACAGAUGAGCUAAAAACAGAUAAGGACACAACUGAAGACAAGCAUGUAGAGGAGAAAGCUCUUGAAAAGGAAACGGUUGAGGAAAAGGCAGGAACUGAGAAUAUAUCAUUGAAUGGUAAAGCUGCUGAAAAGGAUGUAGUUCAGGGGACUACAGAUGCAGAGAAGCCCAUUGAGGUAAAAGCUGAAAAAGAAGGAGCUCUUGAAGAAGAGACAACUGAACAGAAAACAGCUGAGAAGGCAAACGACCAGAAACCUCUGGAGGAGGAGGUUAAUCAAGCAGAUUCAAGUGCAGCCCCUACCUCUACUGAGACCGAGACUGUUUGUCCUGUGAUAGAGGAAAAAGAAAUGCAAGCAGCCGGAGAGCCAGCUGUCGCUGAUGAAAUCCCAAAAGAAGUGAUACAGAUACAAAAAGAAAAAACAGAAACACCUACUCAGGAAAGCAUUGUUGAGGCAGCAUCAUUGUCAAAAAUGUCAGAGGAGACAGAAAAGCCUAUUGUAGCACAGAGUGUAGCCCCAGAAGAGGAAAAGGAGACACCAGUCGAUGCAAAACUAAAAGCAGAUGAUGAUGAAUCCGAGAAAACAGCUUCUCCUGAUUCAGAGGAAAAAGGAAAGGUCAGUGCCAAGGAGUCAAUGCAAAGUGCAGCCAUGAUUUCAUCCUCAGAAAUCAUUAGUGAGACACAAGUCGGAGAUAAAGCCUGUGAGGGAGAAAUCAUUAAGAACGAGGAGGAAGCUAGUUCACAAAAGACAAGCAUUAUAGCUGAAAAUCAACCAGAUAUAAAGGAAGAGACGUCAGCUCUGACAGGCAGUAAUGAGAAGCAACAGGAGAAAGUCACAGAGAGCAAAGAACAAGAAAUACCUGAGAAAAAAGAGGCUGAGCCCCAACCUGUUACUGACAAAAACCAAGAUCCUAUCUCAGUAUCAGAGACUAGCACAUUCUGUGACAAAAAUGACACCACACACAUUGAUGUAGAGAAGAACCCAGCACCAGGUACAGAUGAAAUGUCAGAAACAACUCCUGAAAAUGAAGGUUUGUCUGUUUCUGUAGCUUCUGCUCCUAUAGAAAAACCUGAAACCCUAGUCUCUGUAGUAGGCGAGCAGGAUAAUGGCAGAAAGCAAGAAACCCUUAAUGUGGAGGGGGAAGAGGAGGCUAAAGCUCAGCCUUUGGAAAAGCCCAGUGAUGAUGAUGCAGCUGCUGAGGUGAAAGUGAUGGAGACCUUGAAAGACACUGAAAAGGCCGCCAUGGAGGGCAGUCCCACCAGCCCAUCAGACCUAGCAAAGCUGGAAAGCACAGUCCUUCCGAUCCUCGAGGCCCAAGCAAGCAUGCGACCAAAGGAAGAUGAGGAGAAACUAACAGACACUCUUAAAACCAGGCGCAAAUUAGAGGUGCUACCUCUCUCACCUGACACACCUAGCUCUGAAGAUGACAGGGAACUCUCUGAAAAGAAUACCAAAGUUACCACAAAGAAAAAGCUCCUUGUGCCCAUGGACGCCAGAGCAGAUUCACUGGAUGAAAGCAGUGAGAGCAUUGGGAAAGACAGCCCUAUGUCAGGGGAUGAUGAGGAAUUUAUCCGAAAACAAAUAAUGGAAAUGAGUGAGAAUGAGGAUGCUUCCCCGUCUGAUGAGGAAAAUGUAAUCCGGCGAAAGAUUAGAGAGAAUGAGAAGAAACAUACGGAACAGAAAAAAUCUGAGAGUAUAGAGAGGAGCACAUCAGGAAAAGCCAGGAGACUUACCAAGAAGAGCACUAUAAGUCCAGAUGAUGAAGAACAUAAGCAAAUCUGUGGCUCAUUGGAUAAAACUGAUGUAGAAAAAGAGGGGCCAGAUACAAAAGUAGAAGAGCAACAGACUGGUAAUGCAACACGGAAAUUUCAAACUAUGGAGCUGAAUGCUGUAAGCAGCCCAAUACAGAUACCUAAUGUUGAUGGAGAUCCAGAAAUGGAAUGCCUUACAGACUCUCCUGAUGAUCGGUCUAGAGGUGAGGGGUCAUCAAGUCUUCAUGCAUCAAGCUUCACUCCAGGGACAUCCCCAACAUCCCUCUCAUCGCUUGAUGAAGACAGCGACAGUAGUAGUCCCAGCCAUAUCCGUUCUGGUGAGGGUAAACAACACAGGAAAGCCAAGCACAGACAACCUGGUCAGACGCUUCCAACUAUUGAAGACUCUUCUGAGGAAGAUGAGUUACGGGAAGAAGAGGAGCUCCUAAGGGAGCAAGAAAAACAGAGAGGCUCUGGUAAAAAAUCUAAGAAAGACAAAGAUGAGAUCCGAGCCCAGAGAAGGCGAGAGCACCAAAAGACACCGCCAAGCAACCUGUCCCCCAUUGAAGAUGCUUCACCAACUGAAGAACUGAGGCAAGAAGCUGAAAUGGAGGAGAUCAGACGAUCAUCCUGCUCUGAUUUCUCUCCGAGCAUUGAAUCAGAUCCUGAAGGGUUUGAAAUUCAUGCUUCUAAGAUAGCAGCAGUUCAGAAAACAUAUCAACUGCCUACAUCAGUUUCUCUCCACUCCCCAACAGAUGAUCAAAACAAUGAUAAUUCACAGAAAAAGACUCUAAAAUCAGCUGAUGAGGCUUAUGAGGAAAUCAUGCUCAGAGCUACAUCUCCAACAGUUGAAAAGGGGGAGAUUCAACCUGGAAAAGAGUCCCUUUAUGGAGGCAUGCUAAUUGAAGACUAUGCCUAUACAUCUCUAAUUGACAACUCAACAGCUGAUCCGGGGGACCCAGAAAAGAUUGUUGUUCCUGCUCAGCCAAAAAAGCUGAGAUCCCCAGAUGAAGUUUAUGAAGACAUGAUAAAGAAAAGAAAAGAAUUCAUGAAGCUUGAGCAGGAAUAUCAAAAUAUGCAGCCCAAAACGGAAAACACCAACCCAGAAAUAGUGUUGCUACCUGCUGAGAAAACCAUCUCAGAGAGAAUUACAAUAACAUUAGAUACAGAUGGGAAGCCACUGUUGGAUGCCGAAACUGCAUAUGAAGAGCUAAUGAAAAGGGUGCUGACUCCUGGAACAAGUCCAACUCAGCUCGAGCCAGAAGUGGAUGCAGCUGCAUCUAGGCGGGCACUCCACCCCAUCCCAGAUUUAAGGGUGACACAGUGCUCUUCAGGAGAGUUGUCUUCUGAUGAUGAGAGUGUUUUUAGAAAAGAAGAAGGGAUAACUGAAGCAUCAGACAUGACAGUGGCCUCAGAAACUGAGCCUGUGGCCUUGAUUUACGAGACUCCUCCAUUGAACAUAUCAGAUCAGCCACCCAAGAUCACAACUGAAGCAUCCCAGCCAGAUGUUGUUGACUUAUCUGGCGAACCUUCUAAGACAUCAGCCCAUGUGAUAUCCAGUGUUUCACCCUUACCCACAGUCCCCCAGUACACACCCAGCAUUCCCAGCGUAGUGUCAACUGCCCCACCUGUACCCCCCAAGCCAAGCGUCCUACGAAGGGCUAAUUCUCAGGAACAAUCAGAAGUAUCUAAUGCACCACCACUGCCUCCUCCCACCCCACCAAAGCCAACUGUUUUUCCCAGGAAACCCCCAGUUCCUCUUCCACCUCAGGCUUCAGCAACUCCAGUAAGGCCAGAGACAGUGGCAGUGACCACAGCCCAAGGACCACCUACAAGACAAGUAGUCACACCAAUGUAUAAACCUCAUGUUCCCCCUCCUGUUCCUCCAAAGCCUACCAUCCCUGCUGGAGUAGGGGACAGCCACAGACAGGGACAUGUCAAACCACCAAUUGCUCCAAAGCCUGGCUCACAGCCUCCUUCACCUGCCCAUGCCCCACAUCUGACAAGACCCACUGCACUUCCCACUGGCCCUUCUGAUGUAGCGCUAAAUUUGAGCCCUUCUUCUGAGACCAAGCAAUUUCAACCCUCGCCAAAGUCUCCGUCUUCUCCAAGAUAUGCCAGCAAUCUUCGUGACACAUAUGUGGUGAUCACACUGCCAUCUCAGCCCAGCUCUCCAGUAGACAGCAUCUCAACUCAAGCGCCAUCAAGCCCUAGCCCAGCAUCUCAUGCACAUCAUGCUCAGCCACAAAGCUAUCAACAACCACAGCCUCAGCCUCAGCCUCAAUCAUACCCACAGCAGCAUCCACAAACAACCCCUCCUCAAACAACCCCUCCUCAAACAACCAGGGUGCCUCUGGCAUACACACGUGUCACAGAAUCCAUUGAAAGUCAAGAGAUUUGUGGUCCAGAGAAACAUGUGUCCAGUUCUUGUCACAUAAUUGAAGCUGUAUCUGCCUCAGCACAGCCUACUGGGGUUACGCCUAACCUCAUCUCUCAGGUGGUCACCACAGAAGUUCAAAGAACCACUGUCUCUGUUGUUCACGAAAGGACACCACCACCAGUGCCCGCUCCAAGGGCAAAUGGUGUCCCAAUCUCACUGGAAAAACCCAAACCCCAGCCAUCAGCACCGAAUGGACAGACUAUCCAACCAUCUGAGGUGGUAGAUCUUAGGACUAUGAAGGCAAGCCCAGAGUCAGACAUGAAAGGUGUUGACCUGACUGCUGGUCCAGACUCAAGACGUCAGUCCUUGGCUGCUGAUGUCAGCCGUCAGAACAGUGCUGUGCAGUCAUCUGUGGUCAAUCUCAGUGCAGAAUCAUCCACUGUCUCUAUAAUGACCGAUAGCAUCACCAUUGUGACCUGUUCUGCCACAAUCCAGCAAUGUGAUAAUGUAGACACCUCUCAGGUUUCUUCAGUGCCCCUGCAGCUAACUAAAAACAAAGCAUUUGAGCCUGUCUCUCAAAUUGUUUAUCGGCCAAUUGAUUCCCAGCCUUUAACUAAUGCUUCUACAGAGAUCCCUAUUAAUCUCUCAGUUGGAUCGAGCACAGGUGGAGGGACUUUCCAGCCAACUCCUGUGACCAUCGCCCCUACUCCCAUUGCAGCCUGUGCAGCCAAUGGAUUAAAUGCAGGUACACCCACGGGGGCAGGAGCUGUUGACCUUAGCACCGCAAAACCAUUCAACACUAUGGUGUCCGUGGAUGCUUCUUCUUCAGAAGUGGCAACAGCUGUUGUAACAGAUGACGAUGGCAAACCAGUGGAUCUGACUGCAGGAAAACGAGCGGUGUGUUGUGAUGUUGUGUAUAAGCUGCCAUUUGCAGGAAGCUGCACCACUCAACAACCAACCACACCUCUGCCGGAAGACCGUUUUGGAUAUCGUGAUGAUCAUUACCAGUACGACAGAUCCCCUUACGGCAUGAGAGGGUUUGGUGGGAUUAAGCCAUCAAUGUCAGACACUAACCUAGCAGAAGCUGGACUGUUCUUUUACAAGAGUAAGAACAGCUAUAAUUUCAGUGGCACUACAGACGGUGCAGUAGAUCUUACAUCUGCAAAGAUUUCUGAUGCAGGUGAAGCUGUUGACUACUCCAAGAAAGGGAAUUACGCUGGAAUGACAAUCCCACCCUAUUCCCAAGCCAGAGUCACAAGUGCUGGUGGUACACUUUUUGGUACAAACAGUGUCUUGAGAUCAUCAAAUGGGGUGGUCUAUUCCUCUGUAGUGGCACCAAUACCCUCUACGUAUGCUAUUACUACCCAACCUGGAUCAAUCUUUAGCACAUCAUACAACACACUGUCAGGUAUGCACACCAGCGACACCAUGCCAUCUCUGUCAAAUCUCCAGAACUUGCCACUUACACGGUCCCACAGUUUCUUGUCCACCAGCUCUAUGACUGAAACAGAGGAGAUGGGAGAUGCCCCACUAAAUCUGGAGAUAUCCAGAGGGGGUACUACUGCUGCUCCUGCUCCAACAACAUCUUUAUCCCUUGAUAGCUACACUGAUGCAUCUCUAGAGGCUAUAGCUGCUUCACUAGAGGCUCUGUCCUCUCCCAUGGUUCCUGGGGACGGCCAGUAUAUGGCAGAGCGUGAAAGGCUAGAGAUGGAGAAACUCAAACAGCAGCGUCUAGCUGAGGAAUUAGAGUGGGAGCGUCAUGAGAUUCAACGGUUCCGUGAACAAGAACAGCUCCUAGUACAGAAGGAACUAGAAGAACUGCAGGCCAUGAAGCAGCACAUCCUGUCCCAACAGGAAGAGGAAAGACAGGCUCACCUGAUGAUGCAGAAAGAAACUUUUGCCCAGCAACAGCAGCAGCUCGAGCAGAUUCAGAGACUCCAAGAACAGCUGCGCCUUCAAUUGGAAGAGCAAAAGCUACGUCAAAUGUACCCAGGCGGGGACAUUCCAGGGCACGGUGUGCAGGAGGCAAUUGUCUUAGGACCUGAUGGCACAGUGCUUUCCAGAAAGAUCACUGAUAGCGGUUGCCAGACAGAUGAAGAGGAUGAAGCAGUCAGUAAAGCUUACACAGCAGGGAGAAAAAAGCGUAGUGCCAAAAAGAGCGUCGACAGUUGUGUGCAGACUGAUGAUGAGGAUCAAGACGAAUGGGAGGCUCAAACAAGAAGUCGACAAAGCCGGCCACGCACAGCCAGGGGUGACAGGGGUGGGCAGUCAGAGAUGUCUCUUCAAGCCCACACUGAGAUAUCGAUACAAACAGAUUCAGAGGGGAACAUACUAAUGGACUCAAGGAUGGAGUUGUCUGACUCUGAAAGGACUUCACCAAAGAAACGACCUAACCCUCUAGACAUAGGCCAGUCUCCCAAUCUUAAAGUUGAUUCCUCCACACUCCAAGCCCCUCCAAAGUCUCCCAAAGUGCUUUAUUCCCCCAUAUCCCCCUGUAUAUCCCCGAGCAAAUCCAUGGAGUUUGUGUCCUAUGACAAAUCACUUGGCGAUACAAGCCCACAAAAGCUAAGAGGAAGUAUGGAUACAUCUCAUGCAUCCCCAUCAAGUCCCAGGGGACCAAAAGCAAUGCAAAGAUCCAUGUCUGACCCCAAGCCCAUGAGUCCAACAGGGGAAGAAAGAGCAUCAGCUGGCACCCAGUUUGGUGAUGGUUAUACUGGGAAAGGGUCAGGAAGCACACCAACAGGAACUCAAAAGAAGGUGAAGAGGACUCUACCCAAUCCACCAUCAGAGGAUGAGUCAACCACCAGUGGCCAAACAGCCUACCCCACUGGUUCUGCCCGCCGAAGAAUGUGCCGCAAUUCCAACAUGGCACGUGCCAAGAUCCUACAAGACAUUGAUCGUGAGCUAGAUCUGGUGGAGCGGGAGUCUUCUAAGCUCCGCAAAAGACAAGCAGAGUUAGAUGAGGAGGAGAAAGAGAUUGAUGCCAAGCUUAGGUACUUGGAGAUGGGUAUAAAUCGUAGAAAAGAUGCCCUCCUGAAGGAGCGAGAGAAGAGGGAAAGGGCCUACUUACAGAGUGUUGCAGAGGACAGAGACUACAUGUCAGACAGUGAGGUUAGUAAUAUCCGAGAGACUAGAAGUGGGCUUGGAGAUGGUGAAGAUGAAGAUAUUGAAGAACAUAGUCUUGAACGUCCUAGGACAGCACCUCAGUCUGAACUCGAUGAUUUUGUCCCACCUCAAACCAAGCAUGAAUACGGAAAAUACUCCCAGUACCAAUACUCUCAAACCCAAUACCAGCAGUCUCUCUACCAGACUCCCCAGUCGUACCAAUCUCAUUCUCUCUAUUCCUCUGUCCCUUCACUCACAAGCGCCCAGCAGCAGAGUUACCACCAGAUGCUCCUGUUGCAGCAGAAGGCUGCUAGACAAGCAGCUCUCCUGUCAGAGCUGGAUGCAACUAAGUAUGAAGUCAUUAGUCGCCAGCCUGAUCCCACAUCAUCAGCCUAUCUGGGAGUCAAGUAUGACAAAUAUGGCAACCACCUUGAUCUCAGAGCCUUGGAUGUUGGAAGUAUGGCUCGUAGCCCCAUGUCGGCUGUUUCUGAUUCCUACUACACGGAUGUCGAUCACCAUACACCUCGGAGUUACAUGUUGCUGGAAGAUGCUGCAGAGCUGGCUAAGGGCUCUACAGGUCUUUCUUCAUCGUAUAGUCUGGCUGAGAGGGAACUAGCCAAGGCAGAGAAGCUGCUGCGCCGGAGUGCCGCAGAUCUGGGGUCUACUGACUAUCUGGGAUCCACCUCAAGACUCCAUACUUAUGGAAAGACCCCCGAUGAAGAGGAUACAAUGGAGGAGCCUUAUGAAUUGAAACUUCUGAAGCAGCAGCUAAAGCAGGAGUUUAGGAGAAGCACAGGUGGGACUGAAAACUUGGAACAACUGACAGGUCUGUCCCAGCACUACUAUACCCCUAGCUCUGGCAUCUCAAGUUACUCCCAAAGACACUAUCCAAAGACAGACAAGUACAGCAUCAGCCGUCUUACUUUAGAGAAGCAGGCAGCUAAACAACUUCCAGCUUCAAUGUUGUACCAAAAACAUAAAGCUCCAUUGGUAGAUCCGAAGAUCUCUUCAAAGUAUUCUUCUAUGCCAGACAACAGAGGUUUGGAUACAGACUAUACAAGCUAUCUUGGGUCUACAAGUGCAUCCACAAGAUCCAGCCGGCUCAUGCAGGAUGAGAUUACCUUUGGCCUCCGUAAGAAUAUUGCAGAGCAACAAAAAUAUCUGGGGUCUACCUUGGGUGCCAAUUUGGCUGGGUCACUAAAUUUGGGUCAGAGUUUGGGGUUAGACUCCGCCUAUCCUAGUGGUAGUCGCUCAAGACCUUCAUCAAGACCCACAUCUUGCUAUGGUCUGGACCUAUCCAUCAAAAGAGACCCUUCCAGCUCUUCCCUUCGGCUUAAAGGGGAUGGUGAAGCAUCUGCAGAUGGAACAAGCUAUCAAACCCCAUCUGGUCGCACCAAACCAACAAGCCUUCCCAUUGUCCAAAGUGGGCGUGGCAGAUUACCAAUAGUGGCCCAGAACUCAGAAGAAGAGAGUCCAUUGAGCCCUGUUGGGCAACCUAUGGGCAUGGCCCGUGCAUCUGCAGGUCCUCUGCCGCCAAUCUCAGCUGAUUCAAGGGACCAGUUUGGUUCCUGCCUGUCCUUGCAGGAUUCCCAGCAACAGCAACAUAUCAUGGAAGAGCCAACCAGGGGUAGGGGUUAUGUGCUUCUGGAUGACCUUCAGGGCACCAUGUCAGAUAGUGAAGCUCUAAGUGAUUCCCUGAUGGCUCUGAACAGAGACGAUGCAACCAAUGCCUACCACCUUCGACGAGAAGAGACAGAUUGGUUUGACAAACCUAGAGACGGACGGUCAGAGAACGGACACGAGAAGAGACAGGGAAAAGGCCCAUAUUACCCCUUCCCUCACCUCAGGGUCAAACUGCAGCGGGAUCUCAAAGACCGCAGUGUCUCAGGAAAUGGUCUGGGUAUCCGCGUAGUUGGAGGGAAAGAGGUCCCUGGGAGUAAUGGAGACAUUGGAGCAUAUGUUGCUAAAGUCUUGCCUGGUGGAGCUGCAGAACAAACCGGAAAGAUUCUUGAAGGAAUGCAAGUCCUGGAGUGGAACGGUGUUCUUCUGACGGGGAAAACCUACGAAGAAGUGCAAGGACUUGUCGGACAGCCGUGUAAUGAAGCAGAAGUGUGUGUCAGACUUGAUCUCAACAUGCUGGCUGAGUCUGACGGCACAGAGCACCUGGAUUUCCAAGAGCACAGCAAAGGUGACAGACCUCCCAGGUCUCCAGGUGUUGACCCCAAGCAGCUGGCGGCUGAGCUGCAGAAAGUGUCUCAGCAGCAGGCCCCUCAUCCACCUCCUCCGGCCUCCCCUUCCACCUCAGCCACCUCCAGCCCCGGACAGCCAGGAUCGCCCUCUGUCAGCAAGAAACGCCACAGCAGCAAGACUGCAGAGGGAACCAAGACCCCGUCCCAUCCCAUCUCUGGAGAGAUACAGCUUCAAAUCCAUUACGACAAGCAGCUUGGCAACCUGAUUGUUCACGUGCUGCAGGCCAGAAACCUUGCCCCGCGUGACAACAACGGUUACUCUGACCCAUUUGUUAAGGUGUAUCUCCUGCCUGGGAGAGGUGCUGAAAACAAGAGGAGGUCCAAACACGCCGGCAAGAGCCUCAACCCAGAGUGGAACCAGACUGUCAUCUAUAAAAACAUCCUCCUGGAGCAGCUGAGGAAGAAGACGCUGGAAGUGAGUGUGUGGGACUACGAUAAGUGCUCGUCCAAUGAUUUCUUAGGAGAGGUCCUCAUAGACCUGUCCAACACAGCCCAGCUGGACAACAUCCCACGCUGGCUCCCUCUGAAGGAGCAGAGCGAAGGCGACCACCACCGGCGCUCCCACACGAGCCAAGGUCGACACACCUCCUCCAAACCUUCCUCCCAGCACUCCUCCCCGAAAACGACAGCUGCCUCACACGACAAUCAGGACUCCCCGAAAUCUUCUGUCAUCAAGAGCCGCAGCCACGGGAUCUUUCCUGAUCCCGCCAAGGCGCGGUCCAGCUAUAGAUCCGGAGACGCCCCGGUCACUGCCGCCUCUCUGGACAGCGGCCUGAGCGGCAGCGCCUACAGCCUGUUGGAUGAAGAAGGAGAGAUGAACGAGGUGGACAGUGCUAUCUUCCAAGUGCCACGAUUUGGAAAGAUCCCAAACGGCACAGACGUGAAAUCAUCAAUGGGCCACGGUGACAUGGAAGGUAAGUCCCAGGUAAUGGGGGAGAUAAAGAUCGCUCUGAAGAAGGAGAUGAAGACAGAGGGCGAGCAGCUGGUCCUUGAGAUUCUUCAGUGUCGCAACAUCACCUACAAGUUCAAGUCUCCGGACCACCUGCCAGAUCUCUAUGUGAAGCUCUACGUGGUGAACAUUGCCACUCAGAAGAGGAUCAUCAAGAAGAAGACCAGAGUGUGUCGCCAUGACCGAGAGCCGUCUUUUAACGAAACCUUCCGCUUCUGUAUGAACCCCACAGGACACGCUAUCCAGCUGUUCCUCGUGUCCAACGGUGGCAAGUUCAUGAAGAAGACCCUGAUCGGGGAGGCCUACGUGUGGCUGGACAAAGUCGACUUACGCAAGCGAGUGGUGAGCUGGCACAAGCUGCUUGCCAGCACUGCCCAGAUCCACUCGUAGGAUAAGAGACUUAAUCAAAAACAAGAGAGGUUUCUGAAAUCUGGGGGACGCUUUGGUUCAACAUCUGUAACACCGAUCCACUCUAACGGGCAAAAAUAUCCCUUUCUUCAAUCUUUAUUUCAGGGCUUGGAUAGAGUGAGAUUCUGGAGGGUGCUUUUAUUUUGAAAGGGCAGGUCUGAUAAUGAUUUCUGUCAUGCAGAAAAGUUCCGGGAGAAGUAGGUCUGUGUUUACAGGAAACGAACACAAGUUUACAGGACGUACAGUGUACAGAGGCGCGGCCAGAGCUGAGGGGGGAAACACAGGUGCUGAUUUCAGAGAUGAAGCGCGGAAUCAACCAGGUAUUACACACUUUGUUCACACACAAACACACAAACACAAACACGGUUAUCCACACAAAAGAAAACAUUUAAACCCUACAGGGAAAGGACACACUUUGUAGAUUCUUAUUUAUUUAGAUGUUUAUCCAUGACAGAUCUGAAUCAUCAGUUUAACAACCUCAGAGUUUUAUCAGUUCGCAAAGCAUUUUGGGAGAGAAAUUUUGAAGACCUCUUAUUUAUUUUUAUAUUUAGAAAAAGAAAAGAACUCUAUCAUUUGAAUCCUCCUUUAUUAUUUACAUACAUGAAAUCAAACCUGAAGCAAACAUAGUAUAUUUUAUUAAAAAAAAAAAACACUACCUACCAUUCACCUUCAAGGGAGAGACAUCAUUCACUCUGGACUCCACUUUUCUUUACAUAACUUUAACCAUAGUUCUAUGAAAUGAUAAAGAUUAUAUUACUAUAUGAAUAUAAAAUCAGACACUAUUUAUGGUGCGCAUGACUUUAUCUAUUUGGAAUGCAGUGCCACAUGUUCUGCACAGAAAAAAAAAGAAUCACCUCUAAGGUUCACUUUGUGUAUAGUGAAGUGUCAUAGCUGGAUAUUAAUGAUUAUAUAGAGAUUAAUAUAUAGAUAUCUUUAUCACUGACAAUCGAGUCUUGAUGAUUGUGACAUAGAGUUUUUAUUUACCCACAAUGCCCCUUUAGAAUGUGACAUGUUUACCAUAAGAGAUGUUUAUUUCUUUAAGAGAUUAGAGCACGUCAUUUUGUACGUACGUCCUGUUUUUGUCCCAACAACGCAAGCUUUUGUGGUAUUUUGCACCUUUUUUCUGCUUAGAAUGUAAACCUGCCAUUAAAAUGAGAGAUUCAGAGAGAUAAAAUAGAGGGGGGGGGGCGAUAUCUGGAGAUAGCAGAGCAAGCAAAAAUGACAAAUACACUGGAAAUUAUCUAAAUUUAAAGAUGCAAGAGUGCUACUAAGCUAGCUGCUUUUCUUUCCUUCAUAUCUGUGUUGUCAUAAUUGUACCACCUUUUAUUCAAGUUUGUUUCCUUUUAAAACCUGUUAUGUCUUAAGUGAGGACAUCCUGUGAGCUUGUAUGGGGGUCAAAGGGCAGGAAGGCUGUUUAACUCAACUCAUGAGUGAAACUACACUUAACAUCUGAGGGACUUCUAUGCAACAUCUACCGAACAACAUUGGUAACUGCAUUAUCGCUCGCCAGAUAUCAGACACUUCGGCACAGAAGAAAUUUAUAUAUCUGUUUCUUUGCACUGCUUUUUUUUUUUUUUUUUCGAGUCCCUCGUAAGACCUUAUUUUGUACUGCUUUAUUAAUCUUAAUUUAUUGCCUGUGAGACUAUUUCAUAUGUUGUAUUAUAUUUGUUUACAGUACAUAUCAGUUGUACAUAAAAAGAAAAAGCUAAAAGUUUUGUUUUUAUACACAAAGUAGUGCUUGUUUACAACGUUUAGAGGGCCUGAAACUCAGAGAACCAACUUCUUCGCCCUUGCACGAACAUACACGAAAAUAAAAAAUCAACACAUCCCCGAUGUCACGUAGUUUCGAAUAUAUUAAAAAAAUACACUUUCCUGUUCCAUCCUUUUAUGCACCCCAUGUUUCUGUGAUGAAAAGACCAAAAUAGACAACAUUGUACUCAAUGGAUGUUACCUGAAAUGAUCGUAGUUUAAACUCAGUGUGUGACUUUAAGUUGCUUCAGUUUUAUUCCCAUGUGCUCGUGCGUGAAGCAUCCUCAUACGAAGUCCAUGCAUGUCAUUAGCUCCGAUGCAUAUCUCUUCUUUUAAGUGUCGUCUGUCUAGAAAUGUCGACUUUAAAUUACACACACUAUAACACACACACACACAGACACACACACACACACACUAAAAACACACACAGAUGCCAUCUCUCUAUUUCCAACCUUGUAAAUACAUAGCUUUUUUAUACUGGGGAGUGGGAGCAAUAGGUCUUCUAGCAGACAUAAAAAGAAGGUGUCAUAGAAGUAACAGGACGUUUUUUUUUUCCUCUCGAUCAAUGUACAGUGGAUAGACUGAGGAACAAGCUUACGUCUGUCUCUAGGGACCCACAUUUACCUGACCCUUUACACCAAACACUAAAGGUUUACCAGAGUCUAACUACACUGAACGUCUAUCUUAACAACUCGAGCAGUUACAGGAGAAUUUAAAUGUGCUCACACUGGAUGUUGCAUGUUUCGUUGGUGGUUCAUACUAUUUUUGUGUCCAGAUAUUAUUAAAGAAAAAAUACGAGUGAGGUAGAGAAAGAUAUAGAACAAAAUGUUAUAGAGGGAAAAUAAAAUUAUUAAAGAUGUAUGCUGACUGUACAAAGAUUAUGCUUGUAAAACCUGUCUGGUUUUUCACUUGUAAGUAAACAGAAAAAAUCUACUGUCAUGGUUUCGUGAUUGUAUACAGGAGGUAUUGAUAAAUUAUGCAAAUUGUGCUGUAAAAAUGGCUGUUGCCCCAUGUCUAAAUAUUAAAUAUAAGUACAAAUGA